UUGAAAAAAAAAUGGCGAAACAACGAGCGCCCAACUUCACGCUGCAAGAAAAUAUUCUCCUCGCUCAUUUGAUGGGAGAGGACUACUCAAACUUUGGUAUGUCCAGGCAUAAACUGGACAGGCAUAGGUUUACCAGCCAAAUUUCUAGCUCUGUGAAAAAGGAAAUGUGGGGAAAUGUUGAGACCGCCUUCAAUUCCAACAGUACGGGUACUCAAAGAAAAGGCAGUGACCUAGAAAAGAAAUGGGAGAAUCUUACAUCUACCCAAAGAGAUUUACCAAGAUCAUCAGCGAAUGCUGACAUUGACUGUACUAGAAGGCCUCCCUUCAACUCCAAAUGUACCAUCCUCACCGAGGCGGUAAUGAACGUUAUCGGGAAAGAGGGAGUGGAUGUUAUGGGCAUUGAGCCCAGCAGCCUAGACACAUCUAUGCUGCAAUUGACUCAUAUGCGUGAUGAUGAUCAGCAAGAUACUGAAAACAACAUGACCACGUGCACCUCAAGUGGUGCGAUGUCCACUCCAGUUUCAGUAAAUCAGAAAAGAAGAUAUACCCCAUCAGUGUCUGAGAAUGGCUCUAGUAGCUCAGCUAUUUCUCCUCGAGACGAGCCUUCACAUUCAUGUUGCAGUCACUGCAGUCUGCAUGAGAUUAAGCGUCUGAAGAAGAGGAAGCUAGAACUUCAAAUACGGUUCUAUGAGGCCCAGUUGGUGCGAUUGGGCGAGGAGUAAAAAUAAUAAUAGAAUUAUAUUAUACAUGUUGUUGUUGUAUUUAAUCAAACAUUACUUUUAUUUUGUUUUGAAGAUAAAGAUUCACAUGAACUUCA